GAUGUCAGGAACUGGGAGAGAUUUGUUUAGCACCUCUUUGUAGCUUGCUUUUAAAGAAGAAAACAAUAUUUAGAAAACUGACCAAGAACUGACCUAAAUGAAGAACUUUAACACUGCUGGUUUAAGUCUGGGGUUAAUUGCCGUUUACUUGACUUUUUUUACUUCAGCACAGAAGUUACCAGAAUGCAACCUGCCAAAGGAUGAAGGACAGCAAGGGAAUAAUCCAACAAUUAGAUUUUAUUACGAUAAAAAUACUGACACCUGCAAGCCGUUUUCGUACAAAGGAACAGGAGGAAAUGGAAACAACUUUUUAACUGACAAACCGUGCAUGAGGAAUUGUUCGAUGAGAGGAAAUGAGAUCUAUCCAAGUGAUGAUCGAGCGUGCAUGCUGCCAAUGGAGAAGGGUGACUGCAAAGGUCACAUCUUAUUGUAUUAUUUUAACAGCACGAAGAAGAAAUGCUCGUCUUUCCUAUAUGGAGGAUGUGGCGGAAAUGGCAACAGAUUCUUCCUACAACAAUUGUGCAAGACCGUCUGCGCCAGUAAAAUAGAUCAGCUUGCCGGUGAAGACGAUGAACCUGCUGGGAAUGAAGCCCUAGCAAUCGGACUGGGAAUGGGAUUCGCCUUGGUAGCAGUCUUGGUUGUGGCAGGUGUCAUUUUUUUCUGCAAAGAAAGAAACUACGUGAGAAGGCACCAAAAACAAUUCAUGAGAAACCUCUGACUGACGGGAUUGAAAUGAAGUGAAAUGGAAUUGGAAAGCUCUAUUCUGUACUGACUAAUAAAGAUUCAACGUGUUUGUAAUCCAUGUGUAUCCAUGAACAAAAUAUUAUUUUUUAAGAUACACUUUUAAAAAUAAACAUUCACUAGUUGCUUUAAUUAUAUUUGUUUUGCUUUGAAUAUUAAAUAAAAGUACCAAAAU